GGAUCAGCAAAGAAAGUCAACGUCAACUUCCAAGACACCGACGGGUUCUCGGCUCUUCACCAUGCGGCGCUCAACGGCAACACGGAGCUCAUCUCACUGCUGCUGGAGGCGCAGGCUGCGGUGGACAUUAAGGACAACAAAGGCAUGCGGCCCCUGCACUACGCAGCUUGGCAAGGCAAGAAGGAGCCCAUGAAAAUGGUGCUGAAAGCGGGUUCCUCUGUCAACAUCCCGUCGGAUGAGGGUCAAAUCCCCCUGCACCUGGCAGCACAGCAUGGGCACUACGACGUGUCAGAGAUGCUCCUGCAGCACCAGUCCAACCCCUGCAUCAUGGACAAUUCGGGGAAGACGCCCCUGGACCUGGCAUGCGAGUUUGGCCGGGUCGGGGUGGUCCAACUGCUCCUGAACAGCAACAUGUGCGCAGCGCUGCUGGAGCCCAAGCCGGGGGACACCACCGACCCCAAUGGCACCAGCCCCCUGCACCUCGCCGCCAAGAACGGCCACAUCGACAUCAUCCGGCUCCUGCUGCAGGCUGGCAUCGACAUCAACCGGCAAACCAAGGCGGGCACAGCGCUGCACGAGGCGGCCCUGUGCGGCAAGACGGACGUGGUGCGGCUGCUGCUGGAUGGAAGGAGCGGGAUCAACGCCCACGUCAGGAACACCUACAACCAGACAGCUCUGGACAUCGUCAACCAGUUCACCACCAGCCAGGCCAGCAAGGAGAUCAAGCAGAUGCUGCGGGGGUCCCGCGGGGCCGACAUGAGCCCGUCCCACCUCUCGCCGUCGCAGGGGGGAUCGACCGCGCCGGCUCCCGCAGAGGAGAUCUGGGUGCUGCGGAAACCCUUCGCAGGUUCGUCGCGGUCGCAGAGCGUGGCCAGCUCCCCGUACGCCCCCCAGCCCCCUGCCGAGCCCCAGCUGAAGAAGAUGGAGCCACCAUCGGAGGGGAAGAGCUCAGAGGCUGUGUACCAGUGGCUCUGCAAGUUCCAGCUGCAGCUCUACGCACCCAACUUCAUCAACGCUGGCUACGACAUCACCACCAUUAGCCGGAUGACACCAGAGGACCUCACGGCCAUCGGUGUCACCAAGCCAGGGCACAGGAAGAAGAUAGCCUCUGAGAUCAACAACCUCAAUAUCCCUGAAUGGCUGCCAGAGUACAAGCCGGCCAACCUGGCGCUGUGGCUCUCCAUGAUUGGCCUGUCCCAGUACUACAAGGUGCUGGUGGAGAACGGCUACGAGAACAUCGACUUCAUCACUGACAUCACCUGGGAGGAUCUGCAGGAGAUCGGCAUCACCAAGCUGGGCCACCAGAAGAAGCUGAUGCUGGCAGUGAAGAAGCUGGCAGAGCUGCAGCGUGCUGAGCUGGGCAAGUAUGAGCCGGGUACACUGAAAAGGAAGGCAGCGGCGUGCCCGGAGGUGCUGGCCAUUGAGUCCCCCCCACCGGAGCCGCCCGAGUGCCAGUCACCCAAGAUGACCACCUUCCAGGACAGUGAGCUCAGCAGCGAGCUGCAGGUGGCCAUGACAGGCGAAGGCCCCGAGGAGCCCCCUGAGAAGGUGGCAAACCCCGCGGCCCCUGGCUACCGCUCGCCCCCGGGGCUGGGUGGCCGUGCCAGGCUGAUGAGCAGCUCGCAGGAGCUGCUGGGGGAUGGCCCGCGGGCCCCCCCCACCGCCGCCAUCUCCAAAAGCCAGGAGUACCUGGCAGAAGGGGCUGGUGAGGGCCCCCCCGCACCACCCAAGGAGGGGCGUCCGCCCCGGCACGGCCACCCCGUCAAGCGUGCCAGCGUGCCACCAGUGCCUGGCAAGCCCCGGCAGCCCUUCCCGCCCUCCGCUGGCCACCUGACACCACCACAGACCCCCGGCAAGCCACGGCCCCCCUCCCCACAGGGCCUGCCAGCACCCCACGCCACCGCCAAGGUGAAGCCCACACCGCAGCUGCUGCCGCCAGGCGAGCGCCCCGCGUCGCCCCGCUCCCUGCCCCAGUCACCCACCCACCGCGGCUUCGCCUACGUCCUGCCGCAGCCUGCCGAGGGCGAGGGGGGACCCCCGGGGGUGCCCGUCCUGCCCGUCUCAGUGCCAGUGCUGUGCCUGCCGCCGGCGGGUGAGGGCGAGGAGGAGCCCGGGCGGCCGAAGAAGCGGGCACACAGCCUGAACCGAUACGCUGCCUCCGACAGCGAGCAGGAGCGGGACGAGCUGCUGGUGCGUGACAAGAACGUCAACCGUAGCCAGUCCUUCGCUGUCCGCCCCAAGAAGAAGGGGCCCCCGCCGCCUCCCCCCAAGCGCUCCAGCUCCGCCAUCUCCAGCGCCGGCAUGGCUGAGGACUUCCCCAAGGAGGGUGAGGGUGAGGUGGCCACUGGGCCCCCUGUCACCGAGGGCGAGAGCCGCCGGGAGCAGCGGCGCGCCAGUGACCUGGGUGGCAGCGUGGACACGGGCAGUGCUGGAAGCGUGCGCAGCAUCGCGGCCAUGCUGGAGAUGUCCUCCAUUGGUGGUGGGGCCCGGGCACUGGCGCUGCAGAAGCCACAUGGGGCCAGCGGGCCAGGGCCGGCCAAGGCACCCGAGGGCUACUACCUGCAGCCAGGGGCCCCCCCAGGCAGCCCCGAGCGUGCCCGCGUGGCCACUGUCCUGGCCACUGUCAAGCACAAGGAGGCCAUUGGGCUGGAUGGGGAGGUGGUGAACCGGCGCCGGACCAUCAGUGGCCCUGUCGCUGGUGGCACCCGCCGUGAGCGUGCUGACAGCGUGCGAUCAGAGGUGGGUGCCGAUGGCCCUGGUGAGCGGCUGCGGGUUGAGCGUGGCGGCUCCCCAGACGGCAUCCCCUUCGCUGAGGAGGGCAACCUCACCAUCAAGCAGCGGCCACGGCCCCUGGGGCCUGCCCGGGGGGAGGUGGGCGAGGGGCUGUCCCCGGCCCACCGCCACGGCGACCUGGCCAAAGUGGAGGCCAGUGCCACGCUGAAGCGGCGGAUCCGGGCCAGGCAGAGCCAGCAAGAUGGCGUCCGCUUCGUCCUCACCGAGUCCGACACCGUCAAGCGCCGGCCCAAGGCCAAGGACAAGGAGCCAGCACUGGAGCCGGCUCCGCUCGCUGUCUACCAGAACGGCACCAGCACCGUCAAGCGGCGGCCACCGUCCAGCACGCCGCCCUCGCUCUGCUCCAGCCCUGCCAAGCCCCUCUCGCCCGGCGCGCAGCCCCAGCAGGUGCCGGUGAAGCCGCCACGCUCCGCCAUCACUGGUCCCUCCGUCGACAGUGCUGGCUCCGAGCUGGCACAGCAGAAGCUGGAGGAGACGAGCGCGUCCCUGGCCGCCGCGCUGCAGGCCGUGGAGGAGAAGAUCAAGCAGGAGGACAGUCAGGCGGCAGACUCGGCUGUGGAGUCGAAGAGCACCGUGAGCAUCCUGGACGACAUCGGCAGCAUGUUCGAUGACCUGGCGGACCAGCUGGACGCCAUGCUGGAGUGA